CAUUUACGUAAGACAGGUUUGGAAGCCCCAAAUUCCCCCCUGAAAUUUGGAGGUUUCAAGCUAACUCCUUUUCGGACAUGGAAGAGAAAGAUUGGGACGAUGAAGAGUGCGACGACACUCCGACCAUGACCACCGUUUCGCGCCACUGUUUCGGCGACGAUUCUGAAACUCCAAGCUUCUCCAUCUCCAUCAUCGAGAACAUGAAGGAAGAUUAUGGCCUAUUCGUCUGGCCCUGCAGUGUAGUUCUUGCCGAGUACGUGUGGCAGCAGAAGCAUCGGUUUUCAGGAGCCACCGUUGUUGAGCUGGGUGCUGGAACUUCCUUGCCUGGCUUGGUUGCUGCAAAACUCGGUGCUCGUGUCACUCUUACCGAUAACUCCACCAGAUUAGAGGUGCUUGACAACAUGAGAAGAGUUUGUGAGUUGAACAAGCUUGAGUGCAAUGUGUUAGGAUUGACAUGGGGUGUUUGGGAUGCACCCUUAUUCAGUUUACAACCCACACUUAUUCUAGGGGCCGAUGUGUUGUACGAUUCAAAUGCCUUUGAUGACCUCUUUGCUACUGUGACAUUCUUUCUCCGAAAUUCUCCGGGGUCGAUUUUUAUAACGUCAUACCAUAAUCGAAGUGGGCAUCACCUUAUUGAGUUUUUGAUGGGAAAAUGGGGCUUAAAGUGUUUGAAACUUCUUGACGGGUUUUCCUUUCUUCCAUCUGAUAAAGCAUCACUACUAAGUGGUAACAUUCAAUUGGCAGAGAUAGCUCCUAUCUCAAAAGAUAAUGCUUGAGUCCUUCCUAACCUCUUGGCCCCCGUUGAUGUUACUCAUUUUGAUCAUGGACUUUGCGAAAGCCUGAUAAAAUGCCUUUUGUGAGGUGGCAAACUUCGUAACCAGAUUCUUGGUAUCUGGGUUAUCGAGCAAAGCUUGAUCAGAAGAAAACAAGCCUUUAUGUUGGAGGAUCAACCUGUAAUAUGUAUUGUCGAAAGUUACUGAAGAAGGAUCCAUAGUGGUGCCUGCAUUUUUUGCCUGAUUUUUUAGUGGACAAAUUGAUUUCAGUUUUUCUACAAAUGACGGAUUUAAUGAAGGAUCAACAUCAUGUGUAGCAUUAAAGCUGUGAAGUCUGCUCUUGAAAGAUGAGCAAUGAGAGAAACCCAAAGUAUGCCCCCCUACACGAGUUAAAAGAUAUUUUAAUCUAAACUCUAUUUAGAUAUAAAUUGGAAUAAAUGAAAAAUGUUAAGUUUUGGUAGUUUUGACUUUAGGGAUGACUUGCCUGACAGAGCUACCAAGUCUUCCCCAGACAGUCCUCUUCGAGAGAAGCUCUGCCGCAAUUGUGAUAAGUUGAAGGUUGGAGCUGGUAACUGUAUGGUUUCACUGGCCUUAGAUGUUCUUCCAUCCUUUCUUCCUUUAGGAACAUCCCAUGUAGGUCCUCCAGACUGUAGAAUAUAUUUAUAUCAUUAGUCAAGACUUGCAAAUACAAGUUACCAUAGCUGCAUUUAUCAAUUCUCAAAGACAUAACAGUUGUUUAGAAUUUAAAUGAUGAGAAAUUUGGUACUUUAAGUAGAUUACUUACCAGAAAAACUGCGUCCCUUGCUGCUAGAGAUAGGAUAUCAGCACAAGAGACGACACCAGGGCAUGCAGCUUCUAGUGCUUUCUUUGCUGCAUCAAUGACAUAGAAUGCAUGCAAAGAAACGUUUGGUGGCCCAUCUUUUUCUGCUUUGCUGUUUCCUUUUGAAUUUAGCAGCACGGAGGCAUCACACCCCUUCAAGAAAACAGGGGAACAAAUAAGAAAAAAUGAUUUGCUUAAUGACACAUCAAAUGAAGCCGAAACAGACAGUCAAGAGGAAAGGAGAGAGUCAAAAUUCUGUUACCCUAAUGAAACAAUCAUGGAAGUGCAUUCGAAGAAGUGCUGCUGGAACAGUUUUGUCCUUAGCAGUGGCAUCCUUCACUGCCUUGGCAACAAUGCACUCCACUUUAGGGCAUGUAUUUUCAUAGUAGUUUAAGCUCAGUGACUUUCCGGUAGAGACUACUGAAAGUAUGAUGAUCAAGUUCAAGAAAGCAACCAUGGUAGCCAUGCCAAUUUGAGUACUUUGAUGAUUUUUAGCUGUUAGCUGUGGAAAUUAACGAUGGGGGAAAUGGUUUUUUAUAGAGAUAACAAGAGGUUAAUCAUUGUAUAAGAUAUCGUGGCCCAAGAAAUCAAUUCGUUAAGAAGUACUGUCAAUGAAGAGUAGUAAUGUUGAAGCAUUCUCGUUACAAAAAGACAAUCCACUUUAUGCUCCGUGGACUAAAUGAAGGUUAUUAAACUUUUCUAGUUGCUUUCUGUGGCGUAUGAUAUGUGAUGGUCCUCUUUUAUUACUUUUUUCACGUUACUCUGAAUCAGAAUAAUGUAAUUACAUAUUCAUGCUAAAUCCAGGCUUAAGCUAUAGUUUCA